CUCCUCCCUCAUUGGCACAAGCUCCUUCUUACAUCUCCAGAGUGGUGACGAGACUGACCGAAAUUCGAUAAACAACAGACUAUUUGAAUACACUUUAAAAGGGAUUUUUAGUUUUUAAAGCUUGGAUCUGUGACUAAAAGAUGAGCGGAGUGAAACGAGAGAAAGGGGAAGAGUGGGCUACCUAUUACCCAGAAGAGAUGUAUCCUGGGGGGACCAUCCUGCCAUCUGGACUGGGGAGCUAUGUCCUCCCUGAGUCUCAUUACCUUACUUGUGGGCCAGUGGGGGAAUCCAUGGCUGGGAAAAUCUCAGAGCGUCUUGGAAGCCCUGGGAAUGACCUGGCUGCCACACUGCCUCCACCCCAGCAUGGAUUCACAGAGAGGGAUCCAUAUGGCCUGGAGGUCCUGGGCACUGAUCCUCCUUCAGCAUACCGGCGGAACAUGAACCACGCCAAGCCCCCGUACUCCUACAUCUCGCUGAUCUGCAUGGCCAUCCAGCAGGCUCCGUCCAAAAAGCUCACCUUGAACGAGAUCUAUGACUGGAUCCGGCAGCUCUUCCCUUUCUACAGGCAGAACCAGCAGCGUUGGCAGAACUCAAUCCGCCACUCCUUGUCUUUCAACGACUGCUUCAUCCGCGUGCCCCGUUCACCGGACUCCCCCGGGAAGGGCUCCUACUGGACACUCCACCCUGACUCGGGGAACAUGUUCGAGAACGGCUGCUACAUGCGCCGGCAGAAACGCUUCCGGUGUGCCCGACAGACGCCGGCGUCCCCCUCCAAAGCCAAGAGCGAGGCGGCCGAGGGGAAGCCGGGGAAGGGAGAGGAGAAGAGGCGGAAGGCGUCGGAGGUCAAACCCCCGGCCUCUGCCUCUGAUUCUACGCCCACGUCGUCCACCACACCUCCCUCAACUACCUCCACGUUUGCCCUGACUCCACCUGUUGCAGCCCCCUGUGCCCUCCGCCCCAAGUCUCCAUCGCCCCCUCCACCCCUCCAGCGCCUCUCCUUCCCUCCUCCGUCCCACGAGCCUCUGGCCCACCUGUCCCCUCCGUCCGUGUCCUCUCUCAACCUCGUCACGCCCUCCCUCCCGCAACCCCACCAUGCCCUCCAGACUCCCCCGUCUCUGGCUCCCCCGUCCUUCUCCAUGGACCCCUGCAUGCGAAGCGAGCCCCUCACCCACUACCCUUUCUCCAUCUCCCAGCUCAUGGACUUUCAGCCGUAUGACUCCUCUGCCGGAUACCAGGGAUACUACUCGGCCAACUCUAACUCUCACCACUACAACACCUACCUGAUGAGCAGAGAGGAUUCUCCGUACAUGGGAGACUCUGUGUACUACCCCUCUGGACUUGGGAUGUGUUCAGUACCGUUACUGAGUUCCUCAUGAAAGCACGAAGCCAUAAAGGACUACUAGGAGAUAGAUAUAAAUAGAAAGCAGAUGUUCCAGAUGGUAUAUGCAGUUGUGAAUGAUUCGAAAUGUUUAGAAAUUACUGGAACUUUAAUUCUUCCCUGGUGUCUUUGGUAUAU